AUGAUAGACAAACCAUUCUAUUUCAAAAAGGGAAGAGAAUGUCCAAAACAGUGUCGUCAAUCUACUUCAAUCGGAGAUUCUUGCUGUGAAUGUGAAAGUGGCUUGCUAAGACAGCACUGUAGACUUCCAUGUUUGGUAAGUAAUGACACUUGUUAUAUUUGCCUGAACAGUUAUAGAGAAUCACUUACGUAUUUCAAAUCAAAGUGUUUUGGAUGCCAUGAAUAUGAGCAUUUUCCUACCGGAGAGUGUAGGUCAUGUCCAAAAGGAUGUGUUUCUUGUUUCGACGAAACAUUUUGCUUUGAAUGUAAAAAAGGUCGGUACGGAAGAUCAUGCAAUAAACGUUGUGCGCAUUGUGAACCGGACAGUGAAGGCGUUUUGAAAUGUGACAUUGACUCUGGGACAUGUGCUAAUCGAUGUGAAGAUGGCUAUUCUGGUCAUCGUUGUGAUACUAUAUGUAGACACUGUAAACCCGAUAAUCAUGGCGUGGUAAGAUGCGGCAAGUACGAUGGAACAUGUGCAAAUGAAUGUGUAGAUGGUUAUUUCUAUCCAAUGUGCGAUACUGCAUGUGGAUAUUGUUUACCGAAUAAUGUCAGUGUAGUGAAGUGCGAUCUGUACACAGGAUUCUGUGCAAAAGGUUGCGUUGAUAGCUGCUUCGGUCGUCGUUGUAAAAAGAAAUGCGGACAUUGCCUACCAGACGAUAACGGGACAGUUGCGUGUGAUAUAAACACCGGAAAUUGUUUGAACCCUUGCAUUGCAGGUUACUUUGGUCCAUCCUGUUUUGACAAAUGUAACAGUAACUGUUUUGAUUCAAAUACAAAUACAAACAGAUGUGAUAGAUUGUCGGGAAAUUGCAUUUAUGGCUGUGUGUCUAGAUGGUACGGUGGCAUGUGUAAUAAAACUUGUAGUAACACAUGUCAAAAUAGAUCGUGUCGUCAAAACUCUGGCAACUGCGAAGGAAGAUGUUUGUCUGGUUGGUAUGGCGAUACGUGUAAUAUAACUUGCAGCAACAUGUGUUCAGAAAGAUCUUGCAGUCAAAAUUCGGGUUACUGUAAAAAUGGAUGUGUUUCUGGUUGGUAUGGUGAUACAUGCAACGUUUCAUGCAGUAGCAACUGUAAUGGUACAUCUUGUGACCAGAAUUUAGGCCAAUGUGAUGGUGGUUGUAUUCCUGGUUUCUUUUGUCACACGUGUAAAUUCAACUGUGUUGACACUUGUAAAAACGGUGUUUGUGACAAGGAAACAUCGGAGUGUAUUCAGGGAUGUGUAACAGGAUACAAAGGAGCAUUCUGCAAUACAAUGGAUCUGAUUGAUACUUAUUUUAUUAAUUUCACAUCACCAAGCACAUCAAGAGAAUGA